GCAUCGGCUAGUGCACCAUGUGGUGGUCUAACUAAUAGGCGCCCUUGUAGUGGCUGCUACCCGCCCCAUUUAAGCCAAAGCCGUCGUCUCAUGCGUCAUCGGAUGCAGCAUUUCGGCAGAAGAACGUGAUCAAUUACAUCUUGCCACGCCCCUGCAAUCAUGUCCUCGGCUGACACCCAAAAGAAGCCCUUCAACCUCGCGAUAGUUGGUGGUGGAAUCUCCGGUCUCACCCUCGCCAUCACUCUCCUUGAGCAUGGAGUCGACCUCACGAUAUACGAAGCAGCACCACACUUUGGCGAGAUUGGCGCCGGUGUAGCAUUGGGUCCCAAUGCUGGCCGUGCGAUGGAGGGCAUGUCGCCCAAAAUCCUCGAAGCCUUUCUGAAGUGCAAGACCGGCAACAAGAGCAAGCACGACGCCUGGUUCACGAUACGCGUUGGCGACGAACGUAGAGCCGAUAAGGAUGGCUUCGUAAGACCAGGAAAGAAGGUUGGAGACGCCCUGUUUGACGUACCACUGUCGGGUGGGGGUGGUCGAGGGGGGAUAUACCGCGCCCAAUUCCUCGACGAGAUGGUCAAGGGCGUCCCAGAAGGUAUUGCGAAAUUCGACAAGAGGAUGGUUGACCUGACGGACGCUGAGGAUGGGUCGGGAGAUAUGGUUAUACAUUUCGCCGACGGUUCAAAGGCGCAACACAAUGCGGUGAUCGGAUGCGAUGGUAUCAAGUCAAAAGCGAGAACAUGGUUGGUGGGCAAGGACCACCCCGCCAAAGAUGCGUUCUUCUCUGGAAAGUAUGCGUAUCGAGGCUUGAUACCGAUGGACCAGGCCAUAGAGAUGCUUGGAGAAGAGGUCGCAACGAACAGUCAAAUGUUCUUGGGAUAUCAUGGCCACUUGCUGACGUUUCCCGUUCAGAAUGGGAAAACGAUGAACGUGGUCGCUUUUAGUUCGCGCGAAACGUGGGACAACGAGAAGUGGGUCGUGAGCACUUCGAAAGAAGAGAUGGAGGCCGACUUCGCUGGCUGGGGUGAGCAUGUUCAAAGAAUUGUCAGGGCAAUGCAGAAGCCAGACAUCUGGGCACUCUUCAUGCACCCGCCGUGCGAAACGUAUACCAAGGGACGUGUGUGUCUGCUUGGUGAUGCGGCCCAUGCAACUACACCACACCAGGGCGCCGGCGCUGGCAUGUGCAUAGAGGACUCGUUCAUCAUGGCAAGUUUGAUCAAAGAAGCGAAGAGCAUCGAGGACGUGCUGCGGGCCUUCCAUGCUUUCGACCAGGUACGGAGGGGGCGAACACAGAAGAAUGUUUUGACGAGUAAGGAAGGAGGCCUGAUGUAUGAAUUUGAGCUUGAAGGUCACGGAGAUGAUCUGGACAAGAUAGAAGAGGCUUAUCUGAAUAGGAUGCAGUGGAUCUGGAACAUAGAUCUCGACGCGCAGCUGCGUGAGGCGAAAGAGAUCAUGAAGAACGCGAAAAUACAAGCGUAGUCUCCCCACUAGUCAAUAACAUCAUCUCUCCGAGCAAAGAGCUCCUUCAGCA